AUGAUCGCAGGCGGAAUAGAAGACGAAGAGAAAUGGUUAGCUGCAGGAAUCGCCGGCCUUCAACAAAACGCUUUUUACAUGCAUCGGGCUCUGGAUUCGAAUAAUUUAAGAGACGCUUUGAAGUAUUCAGCUCAGAUGUUAUCGGAGUUACGGACUUCGAAGCUUUCUCCUCAUAAGUAUUAUGAAUUAUAUAUGAGAGCAUUUGAUGAAUUAAGGAAGCUGGAGAUGUUUUUUAAAGAAGAGGCACGCCGUGGGUGUUCGAUUAUUGAUUUGUAUGAAUUGGUGCAGCAUGCUGGUAACAUAUUGCCGAGAUUGUAUCUUCUCUGUACUGUAGGAUCUGUAUACAUUAAAUCUAAAGAAGCUCCAGCAAAAGACGUUCUUAAAGAUCUUGUUGAAAUGUGCCGUGGCAUUCAGCAUCCUGUCCGUGGGCUCUUCUUAAGGAGUUACCUUUCUCAAGUCAGUAGGGACAAAUUACCUGAUAUUGGUUCAGAGUAUGAAGGAGAUGCUGACACUGUUGUGGAUGCUGUGGAAUUCGUGCUGCAAAAUUUCACUGAGAUGAACAAGCUAUGGGUGCGAAUGCAACAUCAGGGACCUGCCCGGGAUAAGGAGAAGCGGGAGAAAGAAAGGAGUGAGCUGCGUGAUCUUGUUGGGAAGAAUCUGCAUGUCCUCAGUCAGAUAGAGGGUGUUGACCUUGACAUGUACAAAGAUACUGUGCUCCCCAGAGUUCUCGAACAGGUUGUCAAUUGUAAAGAUGAAAUUGCUCAGUUCUACUUGAUGGAUUGCAUCAUUCAAGUCUUCCCUGAUGAAUAUCAUUUGCAAACUCUUGAGAUAUUGCUGGGUGCUUGUCCCCAACUUCAGCCAUCUGUUGACAUCAAGACAGUGUUAUCUAGAUUAAUGGAGAGGCUAUCAAAUUAUGCAGCUUCAAGCACAGAAGUUUUACCUGAAUUCUUGCAAGUAGAAGCCUUCUCCAAAUUGAACAAUGCCAUAGGAAAGGUGAUAGAAGCGCAAGUUGAUAUGCCAAUUUUUGGAGCUGUAACUCUAUAUUCAUCUCUUCUUAAAUUUACUCUCCAUGUUCACCCUGACCGGCUGGAUUAUGCUGAUCAAGUGCUGGGAGCAUGUGUUAAGAAACUAUCCAGCAGAGGAAAGCUUGAUGACAGCAAAGCCACAAAACAAAUUGUUGCUCUUUUGAGUGCUCCAUUAGAGAAAUAUAAUGACAUUGUUACUGCAUUGAAGCUUUCAAACUAUCCUCGAGUAAUGGAAUAUCUUGAUAUUGAGACAAAUAAAAUCAUGGCAACUGUUAUAAUUCAAAGUAUUAUGAAAAACAACACACGUAUCUCUACUGCUGACAAGGUUGAGGCGUUAUUUGAAUUAAUGAAAGGGCUUAUCAAGGAUUUGGAUGGAGCUGAAGAAGAGGUUGAUGAAGAUGAUUUCAAAGAGGAGCAGAAUUCUGUUGCACGUCUUAUUCAGAUGCUGUACAACGACGAUCUAGAGGAAAUGUUUCAGAUCAUAUCUACGGUGAAGAAGCAUGUCAUGACUGGAGGACCUAAGCGUCUACCAUUCACAGUUCCCCCACUUGUCUUUUCAUCUCUUAAGUUGGUAAGGCGACUUCAAGGCAGCCAAGAGCAGGAGGAAAACCCUUUUGGAGACGAGGGUUCAACUUCACCUAAGAAAAUUUUUCAGCUCUUGAAUCAGACAAUUGAGGCUCUGUCAAUUGUUCCAGCACCUGAAUUGGCAUUACGGCUGUUCUUGCAAUGUGCCGAGGCUGCCAAUGACUGUGAUCUAGAGCCUGUUGCAUAUGAAUUUUUCACUCAAGCAUAUAUUCUAUAUGAAGAAGAAGUCUCAGAUUCAAAAGCACAGGUGACGGCACUACAUUUAGUAAUAGGGACCCUUCAAAGGAUGCAUGUCUUUGGUGUAGAGAACAGGGAUACUUUAACGCACAAGGCCACGGGGUAUUCAGCCAAGCUUUUAAAGAAGCCUGAUCAGUGCAGAGCAGUUUAUGGAUGUGCACAUCUAUUCUGGGUCGAAGACCAGGAUAACUUGAAAGAUGGAGAGCGGGUUCUGAUCUGCCUGAAGCGUGCUUUACGAAUUGCAAAUGCUGCUCAACAAAUGUCCAACGCCGCACGUGGUAACACUGGAUCAGUGUCGCUCUUCAUUGAGAUUCUGAACAAGUAUCUUUACUUCUUUGAGAAGGGAAACCCACAGAUCACUGUGGCUACAAUCCAGGGCCUUAUUGAAUUGAUUACAACUGAGAUGCAAAGUGACAAUAGUACACCAGAUCCUGCUGCCGAUGCUUUCUUAGCCAGCACACUAAGAUACAUUCAGUUCCAGAAACAGAAAGGUGGCGCAAUUGGUGAAAAAUAUGAGCCCAUCAAGGCGUGA